CUGCCGAGUACAAAAGUUUUAUAAAUUUUUUCUUCAACUUCAGUUUAAUUUUCUACUUCUUAUUCAAGAUGAAAUUGAUAAUAAUUCAAAUUUUUCUAGUUUCUUUCAUAUUUACAUCAUGGGCCGAAAGUAUUUUGUCAAAUCUACAACCAGAUUCAUCUCAAGAUACAUCAUUGGAAGAGAAAAUUUUAAAUGUUUUGGUAAACACUGCAGUAUUGAAACCUGAUGAUCGUGGAGUUCUAUCUGGUAUUCUUGAUCCAAUUCUUGUACCCGAGAAAGAUAUAAACUUUCAAUUAUACACAAAAUCAAAUUCUGAUGAACCGUAUAAAUUAAUUGUUAAUGAUUCGGAAAAUUUGAAGGAUUCGUCAUUUAAUUCAUCGAUACCGACGAAAAUAAUAAUUCACGGCUGGACCGACAGUGUACAGACACCUUGGCUUCGGGAAAUGCGUGCAAAUUAUUUGAAUAAUGACAAUUAUAAUGUUAUUUUAAUUAAUUGGCUCGCAGGUGCUAUUAAGGAAUAUUCAGCAGCUGCAAGGAUCACUCGACAAGUUGGUGUAUACUUGGCGGAAUUAUUAGAAUUUCUUCAAAACGAGACGGACCUUGAUUUGAAUAGUAUUCACAUUUUGGGACACAGUCUAGGUGCUCAUAUUGCUGGAUAUGCUGGUGCAAAUCUCCAAGGAAAAAUUGGAAGAAUUACUGGUAUGGAUCCCGCUGGUCCUGGAUUUGAAAGGCCAAGAUUUAAGGAACCAAAAGAUCGUCUCGACGCUUCUGAUGCGGCUUUUGUUGAUGUUAUACACACCUGUGGUGGUACCAUUGGCUUUGCAAAGUCCAUUGGACAUGUGGACUUCUUUCCCAAUGGAGGCACCUUUCGUCAACCUGGAUGUCCAAUACUCAUGACCCAAUAUUGCAGUCAUGCGAGAUCUCAUCAGUUUAUGAGCGAAUCAAUUUUGAAUCCAAAUGCUUUUGUCGCUGUUGAAUGUGACAGUUGGAAGGACUUUAAAUCUGGAACGUGUAAUUCGAAAAAUCCACCUGUAUUUAUGGGAGAACAGUUGAGUUACGAUACAAGAGGAACCUAUUAUUUGGAAACCAAUUCUGAAUCACCAUUUGGUAAAGGAAAGGAAUAUAAGUCAACGUAUUCCUUGGAAAAAGGGAGAUGGCCUAGAUUAUUACCCUUUUCGUGCAUUUACUGCCUAAGGUGGAUUGUGUGACCGAAAGAAAUUUGCAAUUCAACGGGAGUAAGAUACCUAGCCUAAGAAAAGCUGCGCGAUAAUAAUUUUUAUGGUCUCAGCAGUACUGAUUAUUCCUGGAAGUAAAUGUGUGUAUAUAUAGAGAGAGAACUUAAAAUUGUACGAGUUGAAAUAUAAUUUGAAUUUUAUCCAAAUGUAAAUCCCCAUUUGUUGUAUCUUUUUCUUUAUCAGUCAUUAUUUGUCAUAAUGGGUGGAAAGCCUUUCCUUAAGUGAACGAUAAUUAUCAAAUUAUGAAUGUAGGUUAGUGAAUAUGAAAUAAUAAAAGUUGUUUCGCA